AACACUAAUCUAGCAAAUAUUGUUCUGUGACUUUAAUCACUCGUAGAUAAUUAUUUAAUUAUUAUUUUAAAAAAAUAAACGGGCAACAGGAUAAGAUUGGCAAGUGCGCAGAGUUAAACUGUAGUGCGCAUUCUUUUAUACGUCAUUAAAAAAUUAAAAUCAUGGCUGAUCCAGUAGAGCUGCGUAUGAGUGUUACUUCAAUAAAAAGAGUGGAUCCAUAUGUGAAAGAGAUUUUGGCAACUUCAAGCCAUGUGGCUCUUUACCAGUUUAAUCCUCUAAUAAAUGAAUGGGAAAGAACAGAAACUGAAGGUGCUUUAUUUUUGUAUAAUCGCAGUGGUGAACCAUGGCACAGUAUUAUGAUCAUGAACAGAUUAAACACCAACAAUUUAAUCGAGCCUAUAGUAGAAGAAUUUGAACAUCAGAUGCAAUCUCCCUUUCUACUUUAUCGAAAUUCAAAGAAUAAAAUUUACGGUAUUUGGUUUUAUAAUCGUGAUGAGUGUGUGAACAUAACCUAUUUACUCGAAUCUCUAAUGGAAGGUCUCAAAGAAAAGCAAACAGAAAAGACUAAGAAACGUGAAAAUCGAGUGGACAUUUUUAGCAUGUUGACAAAAGCUCAAGAAGAAUUCACCAACAAAACCCCCAACAAAAGUGACUAUAACAGCAAGACACCAAAUAAGAGUGAAUCUGUGCCUCAAUAUUCUUCAACUCCACGAGCACCGGACGUGACCUCGCAAAGUGUAAUGGACUUUUUUGCAAAGGCAAGCACGAAAAAUGUUACGCCGGCAGUACAUGUACAGGGUAGCGAAGGUGACAAUCUUCUACAGCGUUUAAUGAGUAAUCCAGCUCACAGUGUAGAACAUAUCGAGAAACAGCAAAGAUCUAUUACUCCCCAUGAAAUUUCAUCUCGAAGACAAGUAGAUGCUAGACGCAGCAUUCCUAUUAGUUUUAAUGGAGAUAAAAGUUUAUCUCGAAAUGGACUGAAUGAUAUUCGAAUUGCAUCUCCUAAUCAACCAUGCACUUCUCCUUUAUCAAGCUUUCUAAAUCAAGCCCAGAAUUUGACGCUGGAUGAUGUGGAUGUUACUGGUACAUCUCCUUUGGCAAAUUAUUUAGAAACCCCUCAAAAACUUCAACUUAUGCCUCCCAUGAUGUUUGCCUCUUCAUUUUCAAAUAAAGAUGCCCAGGAAGCAGGCGGCAGCUCUGAUCCAUGUGACUCUGAGAAAGGAGUUGAUUUAUUAACUAGAAAUCAGAUUUUACAAGCAAUGACUUAUCUUCUUAAAAAUGACCCUGAUUUUAUAACAAAAUUGCAUGAAGCAUAUGUUAAAUCUGUUAAUGAAAAAUUAAAAUUAACCCAACAGAAUACUGGUAUUAAGUAAAGUGGUUGGACGUUUUAAAUAUGUAUUUUAACAUACUCCAAAUGUAAUUUUAUGAAAUAGUACUUGUGGUUUUGCUUUAUACAUUUAUUAAAAACUUUCUAAACAAUUUGAAUUGUUUAGGAAUAUUUUUCCUAAUUACAUAAUUAUUUCCUUAUUGUUUCUUUGUCUCAUUGAUUAUAGUUGGAUUUAUUUUAAUUGAUUGACUAAUACUUUCCUAUCAUUUUAAUUAAAUGUAUACCUCCACUUAUUGUCUAUAUUAACAGUGCAGAUUGAAUGUCUACAACAUUUUGCCAAGUUUAUAAAAUUGUAAACCAAGUAUUUGGUUGAGUUGGUUGUAAAAUGUUUGGUGUUUACCAUUCCUUUGUUUUCCUAUUCAUUUGAAUGCCUUAAAAUCUGAUAAAACAGCUUUAAUACUGUUUUCAUCUUUUAAAUAAUUUUGAUUACAAUCAGUAUCUUCUAAACAGUUAUACUUAAAUGUAAUAAUUGCGAUAAAAGAUUUAUGAAACGUAUGCAUUAAUUAGAGUUAGCUCAGAAUGAAGUAAAAUAGUUGUUUAGUAGGGCAACUCCAUAUUAAUGUACUUACCACAUAGAGAUAAUGAACUAGUAAAAACUUUACUAGUCGUCCAAAAACUGGCUUAUAUACUAAUUUAUUAUCUUUAAAAUGCUUCUAUGAAGGUAUUAUAUUCACUGUGUUGGCAAACUUUACAUAUACUUAAAAUUUUGUCUAUAAAUAAUGAAUGACUGUUGUGAUAAAUUCCUAUAUUGUUAAAUAGAAAUUAUUAAGACUGGCAAUUGGUGUAGCUUAUCUCGUUUGUUAAAAUAAAACUUACAGUAAAAAGAA